GACAGCAAACAAGUGACGUGCUCCAGAAGGCGGGAAAACAUUUCUCCGCGAAACUCUUCAGAUUUGUUUAAAUAUUUAAUACGUGCUGGGGAAAUGUCGACGGUGGAAGCCAACACUGUUGUGGGCAUUAAGCGUAUCAUUUGCUUGGACACUGCUGUUUCCACUUCACUAUUUAACGUUUAAGUUUGUGAUCCAAGGCAUUGUUAGGUAACCGAUAGUUACUACUGCUAUACAAACUGCUCAAGGAAGUGCAGAAAUGUCAGCGCAACUUCAGCACCCAUGGUACUCGGAAGAAAAGCUUCAAUCAGUGUCGGAGAAGCUGCGGUGUAGAGAGACACUGGCCGGCACGGUGCUUUCGCUACUGGGAGAGCCGGAUCAGUUUUGCUACCCUUCCAUCUUUAUCUAUGGCCAUCGUGCCACAGGGAAAAGUCAUGUGAUGCACACUUUGAUGAAGGAACUUGAGCUACCCCAUGCCACAGUGAGCUGUGUGGAGUGUGUGACAGUGGGACUGCUGUAUGAGCAGGUGCUGCACUCCCUGUUUGGUUCAGAAGCCUCUUCCCUACUCCCACGCACUCCUUCCUUGUCUGACUUUGUACGCAUCUACAGGCAGCUGUGUUCCCUGUCCCCUUCCAAACAGACACGAUACAUUGUGCUGGAGCGAGCAGAGCUUCUCAGGGACAUGGAUGCAAACCUUCUCCCUGCUCUGCUGCGGCUCCAGGAACUGGUUAAAGACAACGUGACAGUAAUCCUGCUCAGUGAGAUAGUCUGGGACAAGUUCCGACCCAGCACAGGCUGCUUUGAGCCCCUCUUGAUCCACUUCCCUGAUUACACUAAAGCGGAGCUGCAGCACAUCCUGGACCAGGAGAGCCAUCCAUCCUAUUCCCCUGAGCUGUACUCUGCCUUCAUCAACAUCCUGCUGGGGGUCUUCUACUGUGUCUGCAGGGACCUGAGAGAACUCCGCCACCUGGCUGCCCUCAACUUCUCAAAGUACUGUGAACCAUUGGAGGAAGGCAACGUGAAGGAGAGCGAGACCCACAAGCUCUGGAGGAACAUUGAGCCUCACCUGAAGAAAGCCAUGCAGACUGUGUACCUCCGGGAAGUGUCCAGCGUUCAAUGGGAGCAGCAGCAACAGAUGGAGGAGAAGGAGGCUGGAGCUAUGAGAGGUUUGUCAGCUCAUGGUCAUGUAGAGCUGCCGUACUACUCUAAGUUCCUGCUGAUUGCUGCGUAUCUGGCGUCAUUCAACCCUGCCCGCACAGACAAGCGCUUCUUCCUGAAGCAUCAUGGUAAAAUUAAGAAAACCAACUUUUUGAAGAAGCAUGAAAAGACCAGUAACCACCUGCUGGGGCCCAAGCCCUUCCCCCUGGACAGACUGCUGGCUAUAUUCUACAGUGUGGUGGACAGCAGAGUGGCCCCCUCUGCCAGCAUCUUCUCCCAGAUCUCCUCCCUGGUUACUCUGCAGCUGUUGACUCAGGUGGGCCACGAGGACCAGCUAGACUCCCCCAAGUAUAAAUGUGGCGUGUCUCUGGACUUCAUCCGGGCCAUAUCCAGGACUGUGAACUUUGACAUUGUGAAGUACCUGUAUGACUUCCUGUAAGAUGUUAAAACAUGAAGACAGAGAGAGGGGGAAGGUUGAAUUUUACUAGGACACACUGAUGGAUACCCAUUUACAUCGACGUGGGCGAGGACUGGUCUAUGUUGACUUACCGCUGAAUCUGAUGACUGUGGCAUUGUGUUGUACUGCCUCCUGGUGACUGAUUUAAAGCACUGUUGAUUUAAAUGUUUCCAUUUGCAAUGGACAACUGGUUGAGAUAGAGGACAAAUGUCCACACGCAUAUCCAGUUCAUAGCUCUGCAUCCAUAUUGGUGUGAUGAUAAUACAAUGACUCGUUACCAUAGAGUGCUCAAAACUGUUUGUUUCUCCGUGGUGGGGAUUGCACCAUGUUAUCUCACCAUAAUUCAUAAUGGAUUACUGAAGCUGCCUGGGUCAACUGGACAUCUGUCACAGUCUUGUUCAUCGGCCUGGGAAUCCCCUAACUGAUGACAGUGCUUUUGUCUUUGAAGAGCACUGGAGUCAUCAUGACAGAUACAGAUUAACCACUGGUUCUCAUCCCUCUUAAACACGCUUUUGUCCUGUCAGCGACUAAAAAUUGUAGUCUCCAGAGGUAUGAAAUUCAGCGGUAAGGGCCAUUUGGUUGCGAAUGAAUCUCAACAUUCACAUCUUCAUUAUCACAUUUUUGGGGGAUUUCAGAAUUGGACUUUCAUCCAUAUCAUUUUGUUACAGUUCUUUAAUCGUCUCUUGUCCAUUCCACAAUAAAUUCACAUCUAAUACA